ACACACACUGACAUACACACACACACUGAGCACAAACAGGUGGGAUCACAUUUCUUCCUCAUUCACGGAAACCUGUUGCGGUGGUUGUGGAGUUUAACAGUAAAUUAUCGAGGCUUGGCUGCGCACAGUCAUCCAACCACUUUGACUUUAACCUGCACCUUUAUUUACUUCCUCUCAUCUUGUUUGGACUUCUUGUCUAUCAAACUUUCAUUUAAACGAACUCCCUGUCGUCGUGUGAAGAAGGAAACACCAGGGCUAUAGGACCAUAAGGACGGUGUGCUGAACAUGUUGGCCUCUCCUUGGACAGAUAAUGUGGAAACUGUGGUUUCUUCUCUACCUGGGGACUCUGGACUUCACAGUGUCCUCCUCUCCUCCCAGCCCCGUUAACGUUGCCUUCUCCUCGGUGAAUCUCAGGAAUGUUUUGCACUGGUCUCCGGGAAACAGAACAUCAGAGUACACAAUCUUCACGGUUCAGUAUGCCAUCUACGGGGACAGCGUGGAGGGAAGUAAAGGAAGACGGGUGAACUGGAGGGGUGUGCAUCAGUGUACGGACACAGUGCGGAGCUGGUGUGACCUGAGCAAUGAGACAUGGGAUCAGGAGCAAGGAUACUACGCCAGAGUCCGAGCUGUGGGCAGGAGAGCAUCCUCCAAAUGGACCAUGACCCUGAGGAGAUUUGAUCCAAAGUUGGACACUAGUCUGGGUCCUCCGCUGGUUUCUGUGGAGACAGAGGGCAAUAACGCCAUCGUCGCUCUGAAAGGACCAAUGAGAUAUCAACCUGACAACCACACACCAGUGAUUUCCAUGGCAACCAUAUACCCCCACAUGACUUACAACCUCUCAGUCCGCAAUGGCCAUCACGGCCAGACACAUUAUUUCACAGUAGUGUCUCAUCUGUACAAACAUCAUGUGAAGCACCAAAUGGAGUACUGCUUCUCUGCCAAGUCAAGAUUGGUGUCCAUACCGAUGCAGUGCGAGUCCUCGGCCUGGCUCUGCAUCACCACGCCUCCAGACCCCAUGACUUUCCAUCUGCUGAGCCUGAUUUGGGGUAUCACUGUUCCAUCUCUGUGCCUUUGUGGGCUAAUGGUGGUUGGUUACUUCCUUCAUAACUACCUGAUGGGGAAAGGACAGAAGAAACCUGAUACACUGAACACAUCCUUUCCCCCUCCCCCACCAACUUUACCUCCUGAGAAUGCCAACUUCGCUGUCAUCAGUGUCAUCAAAUAUGAGUCAGACAUGGACAGCGACAUUUCAGAUCCUGCAUGCUUCAAGAAAAAGAUAGCAGAUCCUCCAACAAGUUACUCCCUUCAGCGGCCCGGACCGCCACCAGAGUACGAUGAUCUUUCGGUCUCCUAUGGAUUUGUUGGCGUGUCACCUCAAAUUGAUGUUGGGGGAGAAGAGGAGGCAAGAGAGCCGUGGCAGGACGGAGAUGAUGGGAAUAAUCUGAUUGUUGAAAACCAGAAAUGCACAGCAGGAGAGAGUCACGAUAAGAAAGAGUGGAGAGAGUGUCAAGGUUCCGGCCUCUUCCAUGUUCCUUUAAAUCUACAAUCUACAAUCUUCACUAUGGGCGGGAAGAUGGGAGAAAAAGUCAGAGUGAUACCUAAUGGAAAGAUAGAUGGAGCUGCAGAGGAAGCUAGUAAGAGUGAGACAGUGGCCCUUCUUUCUGCUUAUGCGUCCCAGAACACCAAUCAGGUGCCCACUCCCCUCGCCAACCAAUCAGAUUUCAUACCAACUGAAUGUGUUUUUUUGAGUGGAGCUGCAGCUCACAAUAUAGUGGAGGAGGAGGAGGAGGGAAAUAUUUGUAUUAACUGGGACCCUAAAACUAGGAAACUUGUGUUUCCAGAGAUGGUGUUGGAUGGGUUGAUGUGGGCAGAGGAAGGGAGCGAGAACCAUCUGGGGGGAGAAGAGGUGGGAGCAGCGAAGGGGGGGCUGAAGUUGGAGAAUGUGUUUGUCAGACAAGGGUCUGAAGAAGAGGCGGAGGCUCUGAGAGAGAAGGAGCGAGGUGGGGGACCAGGGUCGGACGGCCUGGAUGGUGUUUUGUCCAAAUGGAACUUGGUAAUCUCAAUGGAUCAGUAGAUGAUAUUCAUCACUAUAUUUACACCGUUGUUACAAAAAAACAUCUUCUGCUGCACUUAUCCAGUUAAAUGUAAUAUGAUAGAAAAUAAGUCAUGAAAAUAUCAUAAUCGAAAAUCAUCACCUAUCACUUUUACUUACAAUAGUAGCUUUUAUAUCUGGCUGCGCUAGGAUCAUGAACUAAAGUUUAUUGAUUUACAAGUCACAUUUAUCACUUUUAAUGCUUAUGAAGUAGCCUCACUGUAAUCACCUAGAUAUUGAGCAAACUAUUAUUUGUAUCUUUAUUUGUUUAAUUGAUCAUCUAGUACACCAGUCGCCAUUUCCUCCCACUAUCGGGAAAUUAAGUAAAAAUAGAAAUAAGCUGAAAUAAAGCCAGAGUCUGCACCGUAGCGCUUGGAGGACAGAGCGACGGUAUCUAGAUCACAUGCUCAACCAGUUGCGGGAAAGUUAAAAAUCGGAAAGUCUUCAGCCCAUUUUUAUCUAAAACUAAAAAUAAGCACUUAUCAAAAAAAACAUCAGUUUGAUAAGAACUACAUAAAACAUGACAUUAACCCCAUUUGACAAUAAUUCAUUCGAGGUGCACUUUGACUUUGACAAUGAAGAGGUGGCGUUGAUAUACUGCAGACAGCCAGAAGGGGCCAUCUUAAUACAAAGUCCGCUCACCAGUGCCUCAGAUCUCACCCAAACAAAUCACUAAUCCACUGUUCAGUGCUGGUGGCAUGUUUUUCCAAUAUCGAAAUACCUGGAGCACAACAACCUUAUGAAGAAACUCCAGUGUUUUAUUUUAGUUUUACAUUUUUAUUCUAUGUGAACAUAGUUUACCAUGACAAUACUGAUAAGAAGUAGUAUCGUUCAGCAUUAGUCCGUUCCUGGUUUAGUUUCAGGUAACGCACCUAAAGCGUUCUUGAUGAAACACCUUAUUUGCAUGCUGGUGGUAUACUAGGCUGAAUCAACAUAUUAUUAUGUAUUUUGUUAUUUUUUAAGGGAAAUGCUGAUGAUCAGAGGAAGAUGAAGCUUUGUCUCUGUUAUUAUCGCAUUGAUUUACUGGGCAUUGAGGAAGAACAGAUUUAUAGCACUUUUAUCUAAUGUAGGUUUUACAGGAAAAUGAAGCUGCCUGACCCACACCAUGUGACAAUCAUUUCUUUACUGGAAAAAGGGAGACUCAGUCAAUAUUAGUUACAUUAGCGUUUGUUACUUCUCUUAAGAUAUAAUCUGCAGAAGAAAUAUUGAUAGCAUCACUGUAUCAGUUUUAUAUAUUUUAUACUCUCACAUUGACACGUUACUGAUUUAAUUAUUUGCUUCUGUCACUUCUGCAUUCCCAAUUGUCAUAGGCUUAUAAUGACACUUAAAAGUAUGUGUCAAUGCGGUUCCUCUUCCUUGGUGAUACAUGAAGUAUGUUGUAAACAUUGACGCUGAACUCGAACCACAUCCACUCAGCGAUUGUCUGUGUUACAUAUUUGUAGUGAAAAACCUCCUUUGUAGACUGGAGACCUGCCAGUUGACGGAAAGGGGGAAUUCUGAUGCAACUCAGGUUAUCUGCAAUGUGAUGGUCAGUUUGAUGCCGUGCAUUAAGUCGUAUCUGUACCAUUUCUUAAAAUGGCUCUACUCUGGGAAAUCAAUCAGGGAUGUUUUCAGUCAUAAUUCUGUAUGUUGUUCAACAUGUAUUUUGUUGAUUCAAAAUAAAUAAUAAUAAAGUGAA